CUUAGGGUUUCUUUUUCCUCCUCUCCCUCCCGACUACUGAGGUGUGUGGUUCACCCAGUAUGGGGUCCAUCCCCGAUCCCGGCGAGUUGACCGAGCUGGCUCAGCCCAGCUUCGACGAGUUCCAGAGGCAGACCUCUCUCAUGACCAGCUGUACUCUCCUCUGGAAGGAGCUCUCCGACCACUUCUUCUCUCUCGAGCAAGACCUUCUCAAGAAAUCUCAGGCACUCAUGACCAAGAUUCAGUCUCUUGACCACCAGACCGAGGAGUCACUUCACCAGCUAGAGAAGCGCGAGGUCACCAUCGACGGCAGUGUGGAGAUCGCCCUGGGGAAUGUCGAGAAGAACAAGGAAGCUGCUCUGCUGGUGCUCCAGAAAGAGGACUCUCGAGGCGGUGAUGAUGAUGAAAACGGAGAGGUUGAUAAUGGCGACGGCUUGUUGCUCAAUUUGAAAUCCUUCUGUCUCAGAAUGGAUGCCUCGGGUUUUUGGGGUUUCGUCGUUGGUAAGAAGAAAGAGUUGGACGCUUUGAGGUCUCAGAUGCCUUUGGCUCUGGCUGAGUGUAUCGAUCCGCCAAAGUUCGUCUUGGAGGCGAUAUCGGUGGUGUUCCCGGUGGACAAGAGGGGCGACAAGACCGAGAAGAACAACAAUAACGAUUUGGGUUGGGCUUGUGUGCUGGUGUUGGAGUCACUUAUCCCUGUGAUGGUCGACCCUGUGAUUGGGAAAUCCAGGCUUUUGGUGACGCCGACCGUGAAGGAGCGAGCUAAAGAGAUUGCUGAGACUUGGAAGGCGAGCUUGGAAGAACGUGGUGGAAUCGAGAAUGUGAAAACACCUGAUGUUCAUACAUUCUUACAGCAUUUGGUGACUUUUGGUAUCGUCAAGAAGGAGGACUUGGAUUUGUAUAGGAAGCUGGUGAUUGGUUCCGCAUGGAGGAAACAGAUGCCCAAACUUGCUGUUUCCCUUGGUCUUGGUGACGAAAUGCCCGAUUUGAUUGGAGAGUUAAUCAGCAAGGGCCAGCAACUUGAUGCUGUACACUUCACAUAUGAAGUAGGUCUCGUGGACAAGUUCCCCCCUGUUCCACUGCUGAAGUCAUUUCUGAAGGAUGCAAAGAAGGCUGCAGCAUCGAUUCUGGAAGAUCCUAAUAAUGCAGGCCGAGCUGCGUACCUAGCUGCCAGGAAAGAGCAGUCUGCUCUCAGGGCUGUCAUCAAGUGCAUUGAAGAGUACAAACUUGAGAGUGAGUUCCCUCCUGAAAAUCUGAAGAAGCGUCUUGAACAAUUAGAGAAGGUCAAGAUUGAGAAGAAGAAACCAGUAGCAGUCCCUGCCAAUAAAAGAACACGAGCAAGCAACAGCAAUGGAGGUCCAAUGCCUCCAGCCAAAGCUGGCCGUUUGACCAAUGCAUAUGUAUCUUCAUUCCCUGCUGCUCCAACAUUUGUCAGGUCUCCAUCUCACGGGCAAUACCCAGCUGCUCUUCCGCCAUAUCCUUCUCCACCUCACAUGUAUGGCAACAGAAGCCCCCCUGCAAAUCCCUAUGCCUAUUCACCUGAGGCUGCACCAGCACUCACAGGAUCAUACCCAGCUGCUCCCAUGAAUUAUCCUGCAUACGGUGGCUAUGGUAAUGGUUUGGCACCAGCUUAUCAGCAGGCUUACUACCGAUAGACAUGACAACCCUUUGAAGAUAGUAACCACUGAUAUGACAAACUUUGAUCUUAUUUACUUUCACAAUGUUGUUUGUAAUCACUAACCGUUUAACGGUAGCAGUUAUGUGUGUUAAUCAUAACAACUGUCCUGCUUCUUGCUCUGCAUGGUGAGAGGCUGUAUUUCUAAUGUUGAUCACGUAGUACUAGGUGAUUGUGGAAAGUAACUAGGAUGGCCAAGAAACAUCAGAAACUCAGUUACCAAUAUUCUGAUCAGUUGUAGAAAGACUUGCUGUUGUUAUGUGUUUCCAUGUUUACUCUGAGCUCGAACUGGGAAAAGGAAAGGAAGGUAAUCUGUUUCUUGGGUGC